AUGUCAGAUCCCAAUCCACUAUCAAUUCUAAAAGGAGAAAUCAAUCGUCUUGAGUUUGUUUCAGGCGAAAAAAUAAGGUUACUCUCUCACUUUACCGAAAAUGUGGAAAAAAUUGCUGUUGCAGUAUCCUGUCUUGAGGAUUUUGAUACAGAUGAAGAUAAACGUACUUAUUUGAGGUCUCUAAUCUCUCCACCUG